UUUCUCCUCUUCAGCGACAAACCAGAGGAACAUGUUUACCCCCUGUUUCCAUGGUAACUGAGAGGAGCAUGCACACCCAGGUCCAGGAGUUCAUCUCAGUGUUCGUCUUUUCCGCCUGCCUCCUGUGAGAACUACACUACCCACGAUUCCUGUUCCCUGUUGAGCUGACGACCCACAGUGUGAAGUUUAGAUCAGUUCAGCAAAGACACUCCGAGGAACAACAACAACUACUACAACAACAACAGCAACCACCACCACCACCUAACCUUCUGUGAAGAGGACAUCACAAAAUGGCCAACAACACGGCGGACCACCCUCCGGGGAAUUCGGUUGCCGAGGGCAACCAUGACGGGGACUUUGGGAUCUCCAUGACGGAUCUGAGGGGCCUGAUGGAGCUGCGGAGCGCCGAGGCCGUCAACAAGAUUCGGGACACGUACGGAGACGUGCAGGGCAUCUGCCGCCGCCUGAAAACAUCACCGAUAGAAGGUCUGUCUGGUAACCCUGUCGAUCUGGAGAAACGUCACACAACAUUUGGAAAAAACUUCAUCCCCCCCAAGAAGCCCAAGACGUUCCUGCAGCUGGUGUGGGAGGCUCUGCAGGACGUCACGCUUAUAAUCCUGGAAAUCGCUGCCAUCAUCUCGCUCGGCCUGUCCUUCUACCAUCCACCAGGGGGCGACAGUGAAGCAUGCGGCCAGGUUGCAGGUGGGGUCGAGGAUGAGGGCGAGGCCCAGGCCGGCUGGAUCGAGGGUGCCGCCAUCCUGUUCUCGGUCAUCAUUGUGGUCCUGGUGACGGCCUUCAACGACUGGUCCAAGGAGAAGCAGUUCCGUGGGCUGCAGAGUCGCAUCGAACAGGAGCAGAAGUUCACCGUCAUCCGCAAAGGCCAAGUCAUCCAGAUCCCUGUGGCUGAGAUCGUGGUGGGAGACAUCGCUCAGAUCAAAUACGGAGACCUGCUGCCUACUGAUGGGAUCCUGAUCCAAGGCAACGACUUGAAGAUUGACGAGAGCUCUCUGACUGGAGAAUCCGACCAGGUCCGCAAGUCUCUGGAGAAGGACCCCAUGCUGCUGUCCGGAACCCACGUGAUGGAGGGAUCAGGCAGGAUGGUGGUGUCAGCCGUCGGCCUCAACUCUCAAACCGGCAUCAUCUUCACUCUGCUCGGCGCCAGCGAGAACGACGAAGAGAAGAAGGUCAAGAAAAGUAAAAAACAAGGACCCCCCGAAAAUCGCAACAAAGGUAACCCCUCCAUUCAUCCAUCUGUCCCUCUCUGUCCCUCCAUCAUCCUCCCUGUUUACUCACCCCCCUCCUCACCCUCCACCCAGCGGCAGGAGGGGAGCGUCCAGUCCAUCUCUCUCUCUCUCUUCCUCUCUCUCUCUGCUGUAAAAAGGGGGACGUUCUCUUGCCUUGCUUUACCUGUCAAAGGGUGCAACUCUCAACCGUCAGGUCUUUGACAGCCAGUCACAGCAUCCACAGUCGUCAUGGCAACUGUCACAGGGUGACUAUGGAGUUAUGUUUGUGGCUCAAUUCUGAGUGCAUGAUGGGACAUUUGGUGCACAGAAAAAAUGUUUC